CUUUUCUUCAGUGGCUUCCAUUUUUCUAUUUUAAUUUGGCUUUUCGGGAUUAAAUCCAUUUCGAUUCUUACUUUUCGAAUCUCAAUUUCACAUUUGUCAAUUUCAACUUUUUGUUUAUUAUAAUGGCUUUUCGCGCUACCUCAUACUUGCGGCAGUCUCUGAAGCUGCGCCCUCCAUUCGAACUGGCGCUGCGCUCGUCUUGCCUGCAACUGGUACUCGCCCGCUGGGGACUCGAAACAGCGGCGCUGAUGGAAGCCCGCAGCGGCCAGGAAAUGCCCGACAACGACCGCAAGGCACGCGCAGUUGAGGCCAUUACCACAGCCAUGUACGAAAGUGGUCUUGAAGACCAUGCAACUGCCGCCGAAAAGAGUAUGCUGGAGAAGCCAUAUCGGACCUGGGAGUUUGCCGACUACACAUACGGCGACCACUGGGAGGCGUUUGGGGUUCUCCAGUGGCUUCUCGGUCGGCAGCACGCAAUCCCGCCGUAUUUCUCAAACUUUGACCGCGCGCGACUGUUCCAGACCACUGGCAUCCAGCCGAUCGAUCCGUCGACCAUUGAGAAGUUUGUCGAUCCAUUCAUGUCGUCACAGACACACCAGUCAAUCGACAGGAAGCAGCUCCAGCACGAGGUUAAUGUCGCUGAGGCGUGGUUUUGGCGAGCGCGUGCACAGGUACUUCUGGGCCUGCGCGACGAGAUUGCCCGGACGGAUGCACAAAAGACCCAGACUGGCGAGGACUCGCUGCUGGAAACCGUGUUGCGCACAAAGCACAUUCCGCAUAGUCUGCGCAAAAUGGCCAACGACAUUCCCAAAAACAUUCCCCUGGCGGCGCAGAGAGCGCUAGCUAAGGGAAUUAUCAGCGACGUCGAAGGCGACGACUUUGCAAUCACUGUUGAGAUGAAGGGGGCUGACAAUGGCUCUGCAAAGUCUAUGGCGGUUCCGUACUCGAAUUUGGAUGAGAACCACUUGGACUCCAUCCGUAAGAUCGCAGAGUCGCGAUUCUUGGCGUUUGCCUGGUCGCUCGGAAAGGCCAGUGAGUGGGACGCAGACAAGAUCGGUGAGCUCGUGUCUAUCAACCCCAUCAACGCGCUGUGGACUCCAGAUGAGAAGUAGACAUGACCCGGCUCAAGCGCUGUCAAUCCCAGCGAUUAAAAUUGGAUUCCUCGCUUGAUUGAUUGAUUGAUUGAUUAUAUUUUGCGAGAUUUAUCUACAAUAACCUUUUUUGGCUUGCAGGCUCAAACAGUAUUUUUAAGAAGCAUUGUGGUUCAAUCUGAGCAAGUAUUGCUGAUUAAAGCAUUUAAUUUUAUAAAUGUAUUGUAUUUUAAUAUAGACAUCAGUUCUUGGG